AUGAAUAAUCAACUCACCAAGAGCACUCUACUUAAUCAGCUUAAUCUAAGUUCCACUUCCAUCACAUUAGAUUCAAUUCCGAUUUCGAUUCCUAGUACAUUCGAAAAUCUUGAUACAUGUGAUGGUCCAGUCUUUGCCAAUGCUAAUGAUGAGCGAGGAUGGGUAAAGGUAAACAGCGUUAGUGCAUGUAAAGUGUGUCGAGCUCGACAUGUUAGGUGUAGUCUAUAUCGCACUGGAGGACCAUGCGAAUCGUGUCGCGAACACAAUCAAAAAUGUGAAGUUUUGGGAUGGGAGUUAGAUCCAAAGGCUUUACCAAAAACAAUGUAUAAAGCCGUAUUACCACCACCACCACCUGGUAGAGUGUCACCUAUAUGCGGUGUUAGUAACCCGAGGCUUUUCUCACCAGAAGAGCUCAUCAACAAAUUACAGUGGCUUAUUACUGCCCCGACGAAAAUUACUAAAAGAAAACCCCCAAUGGCAUGGCCUGAAGCGCAGUUCUCUGAAGAAGAUCCCUUCAGCAAUCCCAUCCAGGCUAACAGUGGCUCUAUCAGGCAUGUCAAAGCUACUAGAAGACCCGAUUCACCUUGUACGAAGCGCAUGAAGCGUUCGCCAUCUUUUUCGUACCAAGAAGAUGAACGAGUUCAAACUCCUCUCAACUCGAUCUCAACUUCUCCUUUCAACGCUUUAGAUGAAGGCUCCAGUAGCCCUCAAUCAGAUUCAUGGUCACCUAAUCCAAAUCAUCAACAGAAGAUGUCACUCUCUUUUAUUCUUUGCUCCAGUCCUACAUCGUUUUCAUCUGAAAAAUCGUCCAAUUUUUCAACUGAGAAUGAUCAUCACGAUGAGAAUCAAGAUCAUAGCUUUACAUCAAGCUCUAGAUCAAGUUCAAGUUCAUCGACAUAUUCGACCACAUCCUCCCCAACAUUAUCUCCAAGGGUAGAUAGAGUAACAUGGCCUUCGUUCCAUAAUUUACCAUCUUUACCUAAGAUUGACUUAGAAAGACAAACUGGAUAUAUUAAGACUUCAAAUGAAAGAUCUGAAAGAAUGAUAGAAUUUCCGGAAUUCUUACCUAAGAUAUCGGAAAAGAUUGAUUUAAAUCAUUGGAAAUGUACUUUUUGA